GUGUGUCGGAACAAAUGAGCCUCUCAUUAUUUACGCACCGUUAAAAGUAGCCUCACUCUGAAAACCAAAUCACAUUUAAAUGACGACUUAAGUAGUUUAAAUCAGACUAAAUAUUUAAUGGCGUCACAAUAGAUAUGACCACGGGAAUACGCGCCCCCCGCGCUCUCUUGCUGAAUGGUUUGGAUUCGGCAACAUGGCGGCGACGGCGGUGUUUUGCAGAAAGUCUAUCCAAACUUCACUUCAGAGGUCAUGGCUCCACUGCUCAGCAGCGCUUGGGAAGGCUCCCCCCCAGGCUGUCCACUUCCCUCCGUCUAAGGGCGUCAUGCUGCAGCCGGGAAGCUUCAGCAACAAGGUGGCGUUCAUCACCGGCGGAGGGACGGGUCUGGGCCGGGCCAUGACCUCCACCCUGUCCCAGCUGGGGGCGCAGUGUGUGAUCGCCAGCAGGAAACUGGACGUCCUGCAGCAGACCGCGCGGGAGAUCAGCUCCGAGACCGGGAACCAGGUUCACGCCGUCCAGUGUGACGUCAGAGACCCGGGUGCCGUCGCCGCUGCUGUCGACCAGAUGGAGAGUCUCACCGGCCUGCCCAACGUGAUCAUCAACAACGCCGCCGGGAAUUUCAUCUCCCCUACGGAGCGUUUGUCGGCAAACGCCUGGAGGACCAUCACUGACAUCGUUCUGAACGGAACCGCCUACGUGACCCUGGAGCUGGGGAAGAGGCUGAUCAAGAGCCAGAGAGCUGCCUCCUUCCUCGCCAUCACCACCAUCUAUGCAGAGUCUGGUUCCGGUUUCGUGGUCCCGAGUGCAUCAGCAAAGGCUGGCGUGGAGGCUCUUCACAAGUCAGUGCGACCUUUGACCUCUCUGAACUCUGAAUCCCAUUCUAACUCUGAAUCUGUGUCCAGGUCUCUGGCAGCAGAGUGGGGCCGCUAUGGUCUCCGCUUCAACAUCAUCCAGCCAGGACCCAUCCAUACCAAGGGAGCCUUCAGUCGUCUGGACCCCACCGGGCAGUUCUCGGGUCAGAUGCUGAAGCGGCUUCCCGUGGGCCGCUUAGGGCAGCCUCAAGAGAUCGCUAACCUGGCGGCCUACAUGAGCAGCGACUUCGCCACCUGGAUGUCUGGGGCUGUGGUCCGUCUGGACGGGGGCGAGUACGUCAUGAUGGCGGGAGAGUUCAACAGCCUGCAAGCGGUGAGUCUCAAGUGUUGUGUGGCCCAACCUGAGCAGCUGAUCGAUGAGGUCAUGGCUGCAGGUUCCUCAGGACCAGUGGGACCUUCUGGAGAAGAUGAUCAGGAGCACCAAAGGCUCCUGAGCCAACGACGCCAUUGACCUCUGCCAAUAAAGCGCCGGAAAUGCAAGUGCUCAAAUGGAGCUUUUGUUUGACACGUCCGGUCAUGUGAUCCAUGGCCAAACACGUGACUGUUUCACCUCUGAGUAAACUGACAACUGCAAUCAAGUCCCUGUGGCCUUACUUUUCAUUCAAUAAUAAAUUACUG